UGGUGUUUCUACAGUUCCCACGGCAAAUGUUGAUCCUCUCAUGUUUUCCUUUAAUACGCGUAGACUUAAAGCGUUACCUUAAACUAAUAACUCUGCUGCUCCUGUUGUUCCAGCUAAACUUAAAGAUUAAGUUUGUGAUUCAUUUUAAGGAGAGUGGGCGAGGAUAGUGGGGAAGGAUUCAAGGAAAACUGCUAGGAAUCGAACGGGACCAGCAGGGCAGCUGUGGCGGAAACGUGGAGCUUGCGGAGAACAGUCCUGUAUUUCUCCAUCCAUCCUUCCCUGUGCAGACGCUGAGCAGCAUGUUCACAGAGGUGCUGGUUGCUCUGGUGAUUGGAGGACUGAUCUUCUUCCUGAUUCAGAGGAGCAGGACCCAGGUUCUAAAGACAGAGGAUGGCUGGUGGGGACCCGGGAUAACCCCUGAUGGUGUGGAGGACGUCACCAUCCACCCCUUUAAAGUAACCACCAGUGACGAAGAGCUGGAGGACCUAUACCGAAGGAUAGACCAGACUCGCCCUGUCCCUUCACUAGAGGAUAGCCAGUUUAAUUAUGGCUUCAACUCUCAGUACCUGCAGAAGGUGGUCUCUUACUGGAGAAAUGACUUUGACUGGAAGAGACAAGUUGCCAAACUCAACCAGUAUCCCCACUUCAAAACCAAAAUCGAAGGCAUCGAUAUCCAUUACCUGCAUGUGAAGCCCAAGAAGGUGCAAGAGGGAACUACUGCAAUUCCUCUGAUAAUGGUUCACGGCUGGCCUGGCUCCUUCUAUGAGUUCUAUGGAUUGAUCCCUCGGCUAACAGAACCAUCAGACCCAGAGGACCUUGUGUUUGAGGUGGUGUGUCCCUCCAUACCAGGGUACGGUUUUUCUGAAGCGCCACAUAAGAAAGGUUUUGAUUCAGUUUGUGCGGCACGCAUCUUCCACAAACUGAUGAAGCGUCUGGGCUUCCAGCAGUUCUACGCUCAUGGAGGAGACUGGGGCUGGCUGGUCACCACCAACAUGGCCCAGCUGGAGCCCAAGACAGUCAAAGGCUUGCAUGUGAACUUUGCCCCGCCCUCCAAGCCAGGGUUGCCCAUCGUUUUAUCCAUCAUGCUUGGCCGUCGUUUCCCUCAGCUGUUUGGCUUCACUGACUUAGAUAUUCAGCGUCUCUUCCCCUGCACGGAGAAACUGGUGGUGGAGCCCAUCAAAGAGUCCGGCUACAUGCACAUCCAGGCCACCAAGCCUGACACCGUGGGUCGAGGACUGAAUGACUCUCCAGUGGGUCUGGCGGCAUACAUUCUGGAAAAGUUCUCCACGUGGACGAGCCAUGACUUCAGGAACCUGGAGGAUGGAGGACUCACCAGGAAGUUCUCUCUGGAUGAUCUGCUGACUAAUGUGAUGAUCUAUUGGACGUCUGGCUGCAUCGUCUCCUCCAUGAGGUUCUACAAGGAGAACUUUGGCAAGGGCCUCAACCAGCCUCACUCGAAGAUGCCGGUGUACACCCCCACCGGCUUUGCCUGCUUCCCCAACGAGCUGAUGCACACUCCCAAACUUUGGGUUAAACAGAAAUACCGUAAACUCAUGACCUUCACGCACAUGGCCCGCGGCGGCCAUUUUGCUGCCAUGGAGGAGCCCCAGCUGAUGGCCGAGGACAUCCAGAACUUCACUAAGACGGUGGAGAAGAAGGAGAAGAUAUAAAAGGGGGUGUACUCACAGACAGAUAAAUAAACUAAAAGUAUGAUAUAGGAGUAUUGAAAGCCAGAUGGAUGAAUGGAAAUAAACUGGAACACUGUGGUGAGCAGCAGUAGUAGACGUGGUGAUUCCAGAUAGAGAAGUAAGCCCUGUGUUUCUCUAUGAGGUGGAAUACAUGACAUAGUAUAGCUCUAUCAGUGAAAGUCCUGAUCGUACUUCUUCAGGAUUAAGCCAGUCUUAGGCAGUAUAAAGUAAAAUAAUAAAGAAGUAUAACAGACAGAGCAAAAGGUGAAUUCAUUGGAUUUGUUGACCGCAAAUUGUGGCAAUUCCUUAGUUUGCAAUAGAAAUGGACAGAUAGUGAGAAGACCUGGGUUGUACAGUAAUAACAAAAACAGAUGUUACUUUUUAGACGUCUAGGCCUUUCACUUCUAAACUCUUAAACAGUACACACUUUUAACAUGAAGAGCAUAUUUUCACAGCCUUUAAUACUAAUUCAAAGUACUAUUUAAGCUAUAUAGAAAAUGUUGUAAAAAGGUUUCAUCACAGUGUGUCAGUCACGUGCUGUGCUGUGGGCUUGAUCAGCAGCCACAUCACUAGUCCCAGCAAAACCACAGC